GACGAUAUCAAAAAGUUUCAACUUGGCAAUGGGAAAGGUUACAGUCGUCACUCCUGCACAUCCAAAUUAUAUUGUAAAAUAGUGUUUGAGGUUUAUUAAGUUGACAAAUUAAAUUCUGCGGAUUUUAAGUGUAAAGCUGUGGCAAUGGAUUUCGAUGCAGUGUUGGCGAAAUGUGGCAAUUUCGGGCGUUAUCAAAUCGUUUUGUUGCUACUGUACGGUUGCACAAAUAUUCUAUCGUCAUUGCAUUAUUUUGCACAAACGAUUAUUAGUUUUACGCCUGAGCACUGGUGCUAUCAUGAGAAGCUAGCCAAUACGAGCAUUUCGUAUGUACGCAGCAUUUAUGAGCAAACAGCACAUCCGCAGUGCACGCUGCUGGAAGACAUUAUCGCCGAUCAGCCGAUAGUUGCGACUGUCGGUAAAUGCACAGAAUGGAUCUACGCAUAUGAUCGUGGCUACCGAAGCAUAACAACAGAUCUAAAAUGGGUUUGCAACGAUGCAUACAAAGCUGCUACGGGUCAGUCACUCUUCUUUUUGGGCUCAAUUAUGGGCACAAUAUUCUUCGGCUUUCUGGCUGAUAAAAUUGGUCGCUUGCCAGCGCUGAUCUGUACAACGCUCACCGGCGCUUUGGGUGACUUUUUGACCUCCUUUGUAACAUCACUUCCCGCGUUUGCAUUGUUCCGUUUUGUAUCGGGUCUGUCAAAUGACACCAUAUUCUAUCUCAUGUACAUAAUGGUUUUCGAGUAUUUGAGCCCCGACAAGCGCACAUUCGGUCUGAAUGUUAUAACCGCAUUCUUCUACUGCUUCGGCUUGAUUUUAUCACCCUACUAUGCCAUUUGGGUUGGCUCAUGGCGUUAUUAUCUCUACAUUGCCUCCUUGCCUGCGUUGAUCGUGCUCUUAUAUCCGCUCUUCAUUUGUGAGAGCGCGCAGUGGUUAAUAGCAACGGAACGUUACGAUCGCGCUGUGAAUUGCUUGAAGCGCGUUGCGAAAUUUAACAAGCGUAAAGUAGAAGAGGAAGUAUUCACGCAAUUUCGCACUUACUAUGAGGAGAAAAUGGCAUUGGAUAAAAAGUUCAAUAGAAAUGAAGACACCUUUUGGGGCAUGUUCCGUACGCCGAGAUUAAGAAAAUUCACCAUUAUAUUGUUAUUGAAGUCCAUGAUCGUCACGAUCUCAUUUGACGUCAUCAGCCGUAAUAUGGAAGGUUUGGGCACCUCACCCUUCACGCUGUUCUCAAUCUCCUCACUCGCUUACAUCCCAGGCGGUCUGACAAUUAUUUUCUUGCAAAACCGUAUAGGUCGCAAAGGCAUGGCAUUCGGCUCGCUCUUCGUUAGUGCAAUCAUAGUCACUUUAACUGGUUUCAUGAUCGCUUUACUUGAUCCCGAAAAGAAUGUUGUGCUACUAGCAAUUAUGGUUACUCUAGGUCGUUAUGGUGUUAUUGUGAGCUAUGAUGCAGAAGCGCAAUAUGCCGCCGAAUUCAUACCAACGACAGUGCGUGGGCGUGGCUUGGCGAAUAUACAUGUGAUCGGCUAUGGUUUUGCUAUGCUCAGUUCAUAUGUCAUUUAUUUGGGGCUCUACUUUAAACCACUGCCCUCAAUUGUCAUUUCGGUGGUUAUGCUGUGUGGCGCAGUACUCUGUCUAGCGCUGCCGGAGACGCUUAAUCAAAAACUACCCGAAACGCUUAAGGAUGGCGAAGACUUUGCCAGACACCAGCGCUGGUACUAUUUCCCUUGCUUUAGUCGAGCACAAAACGAUAAAACGGAUGUUGCCGAAAAACAGGAAGCACAUUAGAUGCUAUCUAUGUUUUAUAUAAAAUGAAUGUCAAGAACAUACCAAAAAAACUUUCUAUUUUUUAUACAAGUUUUA